AUGGCGAUGGUCAAGAUCCUCGGCUACGGGUCGCUCCUUUCCGAGACGUCGGCGCGGUCGACCUUUGGCGCGACGAUGCAGCGUUUCCGCCUUGUCCGUGUGCAUGGCUACCGCCGCGUCUUUGCGCUGCCAGGCUCGAUCUUCUUCCCCGAGCAGAUUGCCAACCCCGCGACAAAGGAGUUUGCCUGCCUCUGCGUCGAGCCAAGUCCGGGUAGCAGCUUCAUCGUGAGCGUCUUUGAAGUACCAGAGGACCAAGUACCUGCGUUUCGCCGCCGCGAGCACCUCUACGACAUUCAGCCCGUCGAGUACGAAGAGGCGGACGGCUCGCGAGACAAGGCGCUCAUGUGUCUUCGUUGGACCGACGAGGCGGUGAUCCAAGCCAACGGCCAAGCUUUCUUUGACGAGCGCUACCGGCAGUAUGGUCUGGACACGAUCUGGGGCUGGGGCCCCGAGAGCGGUAUUCUUCCGUCCCGGGUCUACCUGCGCCACUGCCUCCUCUCGGUGGCCAAGCUCGGUGAGCAAGUCCGCACGGACUUUUUGAAGCAUUCGUUUCUUGGUGACCGCAAGACGACGGUUGAAGCCUACAUCGCCGCCCACCCCGAGAUCAUGGACGCGCUGCCUCCUCCGUCGCUUGUCAGUCGCUACAGUGGAUAG